UUCCAGACGAGACCAACAGGGAAUCGCUUCGAGUGCUCGGAGGAGCAAAGCUCUAAUACGCAUUGGUUUGGUUAAUUUGGUGGUAAAAUACAAAAAAAAAAAUAAAAAAGACACGAAGAGCAAUUUCUACUACGACAAUAUAUGUCUGAAGAUAGCAGAAAUCUACGAAAGAUACGUGUAAGAGGGCGAGCUGAAGAGGGAAAUGAUGAUUUCACUCAUGAAAGGAUUAAAGACCAUGAUAUCAGUAUUGCAGCAAAUGAAACAGCAGUUGAAUCAGGUGAUGCUGGAAGAAGAACCAGAAGGAAACUAUUUCCUGAUGUUCAAGAAAAUUUGCGGAACCAACCUGAAAUUGGUGAAGCGUGUUGUGAGCCCGAGCGAUCCGUACGUUCAAGUAAACGUUUAAAAAAAUCAGGGUUCGAUUCUGCCCGCUUACUGACCCAAAGUGAUGAAGUUUCGAAGGCGCGGAUUAUGGAUCAAGAAAAAGUUGGACAUAAUUACGAGGAUGAUCCAGUAGACGUUGUCACUAGUAAUGAUGAUCCGUUGACGGAACUUGAUGUCGAAUCGUCUGUUAAGAAAACAACGAGUGGAUUUGAAAAUCGUCGGAAGGACGAAUUAGGCGAAGGUUUCCAACAGUAUAUUUUGAAUCAAGCCCAGAAAAGUAUUUCGUCAAUAAGACGUGAUAUAUUCGUUGAUGAUGGUAUCCGUUAUGGAUACGACGGGCCAAGUGGUAGUGGCUCUUCGAGUAUACUGAGAUUGGACCGAAAGCCUGUACCAGCAACUGCACCUCUACUGACAACUGAAAGAACACAUAUCCGAGUUGCAAAACGUAAACAUGAUGAAGUGGCUAAACACAGGGAAAGAAUACAAGAGCGAGAAUUACUUCAAAGAGAUGGACGAGGCAGGAGUGCGAGAACGAAUCGAUAUUAUUACGAAGAAGAAAAGCCAAUGUUGGAUGAUGUUGAUGAUGUGAUGUAUGCCGAGAUUGGUCUUGGCGAGAGUGAUUUUAUUGAAAGUAGCUUCGAAGAAGAGGAACUGAUAUAUGCGGCUGGCGAUGACCUUGUAGCUGCAGGUGCUACUGAUGAAAGGGAUAACUGUGAUAGUGCUAUGAGUACGGAGCGCUUGCGAAGCCAAUCUAUCCAGGAAACGCAGGAAGAAGGUCGUACACUUCGUACACUACCAAAGCAAGAAGAUAUGGUCGAACAGAUUAAUGAUGAUGUCGAAUCCAAUGACGAUGAAGCGCCACCGGAACUAGAACCUCAAAGUCCUGCUUUGCAGAAGGUUGUGCAACGUUCAAGUGGAAGUAAACAUGAUGAGACAACGAAUUUUACCGACGGCGUGGGUGAGAUGCAAGUUAUCUGUGUUCAAACACCAAACGGAACGGAACAGUUCAUACAACUUGCUCCUGGACAAACUCUUGACGACGAAAACGCCUUAUUCAUGAGUGAAGGUGAUAAUGUUGAAGCGAAUAUACGCCACGAUCUCCGAGCGGUUGAAUUUAGUUUCUUGGAUUCAAAAAAUAUAUGCUGUGGCUUGUGUGGUGAAAUUGUUCUGUAUGAUUUAUUGUUGAGUUCACAUAUUCCACAGCAUCAUCCCGAGGUGUUAGAAGAGGGCGUAACAGCAUUCGAAGAUGUUCCAUACGAAACUUGGUUAAGAGAAAAGCUAAGCGAAGAGAAGCGACGCAUGGAAAAUAAUGUGUGCAACAUUUAUGAUGAUCUUUCAUCUGGUCAUAAUUCCAAUCGCAUUUAUCGAAGCGUAUCUACGAUUCGUGUCAAUCCAAACGAAAUGUCGCUUAAUCAACUAAUAACAGCACUACGGAAGAAAAUGUUUGAAAAAUUGGGUCGCGCCGUACCCGUAACUUUGGUGGAUAAACAACACGCACGUUGUGGUAUUUGCAACGCAGUAGUAUCGCUUAAUCGUAAAUUUGAGGUUGUUCAUCUAGUUCGACAUUUCAAUGCAUGGCACCCAUCGAUUCAUCAGUGUGCAGGAAAAUGGAAACUUAAGAAGCCACAGCCAGGACUUGGGAAACCUUUAUCAAUUCAAGAUUUUGCUGUCAUUGACACAUCGCUUGAUCGUGGAGCUAAUUUACAAUGUAUAUGGUGUGGAAUGUUUAUGGCAGCCGAAGCGCUUGCUAUGCAUUUUUCGGAAGUUCAUCCAGAAGAAGUUGAAGUGCCAAAAUGUAAUCUUUGUCUACAGGAACUUGUUAUUAAUGCUCGUUUGCUGGAAAAAUAUGGUGAUGACUUUGAUGUUUCAAUGCCUGAUGAACAUCGUAUCAGAUGUGGGAAAUAUGAUACAAUGCAUACAUCAGAAGCUCGUUUACAUGCUGCAAUAGAAAAGCGACUUAAACUCUGUGAAGAAGGAAAAAAUGCGAACGAUGUCGAGGAUGAUGAAAUGGAAGAAGAAAGGGCUGCAAGUUAUGUAAAUAGUCGAAUGACAUUCGGUCGCCGAAGUAAACCAAAACGGCAGUUUAUAAUGCCUGCAUUACGACAAGCAGCUCCGGUGAAUAGCCGAUAUGUGGAAGCAGUAAAUGAUUGUCAUUGGAAAUGUAAGAUGUGUAAUGGAGAUAUAUUAGCAGCUGUGAUAAGUGCUGGAGCAAUACGUCAUUUCCGAACCGAGCAUCCACAUCAUCUACACAACAUGCAAUACGAACUAUGCAAGACAAGAUUGGAGAGGAUUUCUGAUGGGUGCAUGGAAUUCAUCAAUCCACAACUGAUUGAAUGCUUAGUUUGCAACAUGACAUAUAUGCUGCAUCGACCGUUUAAUAUGUGCCGAGCUAUUCGUCAUCUUCGGUCCAAACACCCAGAUUUAAUGCCUGAAUUUGCUUCUGCUGCGGAUUCGGGUAAUAAUACGCAGCGUAAGCGAAUGGCACGAAACCAGGAACAUUCUGAAGGUAUCAUCACUGAUCCAGCCACAAUUGCAACGCUUAAAGCACAAUAUGGUGUCGACUUCAAAAAAGUACAGGCAUUGAAAGGCGCUAAUGGUGAGCCAGUUUAUGUACUGCUGGACGAAGGUGAUGAAAUAGAUCCGGAGACUGCUAGUCAACUUGCUGCUUCUGUUGCAGCGGGGGAUUUUGAUCGGGCUAAGCCAGAAAUACGGCAUGCAAAAUCUAGUGCUGCUGCUGCAACAACAACUACUACUGUCGAUACCUAUAGCAGAAAUGCUAUUACUGCUAAACCUAUUUCUGAAAAAAUUGCACGGGGACAGCAACCAAAACAAGCGAAAUCUGAUUUAACAAAAAGUGCUGGGAAUUCAGAUUUUGAAACUGGACUCGUGAACAAAAAAUUUGAUGAAGCAGCGGAGCCCUUUAUUAUUGCCUCUGAUUGAAACCUAUCGUAAAAGUGAAGUUUUUUCCAUCAUCUUAUAGAUGCAA